AUUUUGGGAUCCAACUGUUUUUUAUUUUUAUGGAACUAGAGAUUCUGGAAAAACAAGUUUAGUACAAACGUUAGUUGGAGAAGAAUUAUAUGAUAAACCGAUAGGAACUUGGGAUGGAUAUGAUGGACAAGAGAUUGUUUUAUUAGAUAAAUAUCAUAAAAAAAUUGAAUGGAUGGAAUUAAUGAGAGUAUUGCAUGAUAAUAAAUAUAUGGUAGAAACAGAAAGAGGAAAAAUAGUACCUUUUGUUGCGAAAUAUAUAUUUAUAACCAAUAGAAAGACACCUAAAGAAGCACAUGAAUUGAGUGAAGAUGAUGAUAAUAAUUAUAAUGUUUUUGAAGAUCGUCUUGAUUAUAUUGUUCAAUUUGAUGGAAAAUGGAAUGAUAAUAUUAGAAAAAGAGAUUUAGAACUUGUAUUUCAUAAGGGUGAUGAGAGAAAAUUUCAAAAGAUAGAAUGGGAUGUGGAAUAUAAUAAUGAUGAAAUUGAUAAUGAUGAAUUGAUUGAUAUGGGAGAGGAAUUUGUUAGAAAUGUCAAGGGUAAACACUUUGAAAGAAAUGGAAAAGUUUAUUGGCGACCAGAAUUUCCAGAUUAUCUUAAAAGAUAUUUACGAGAAUAUCCUAAAUGUAAAGAAUUGUAUAAGUAUAUUAGAGAAGAAAAUAAAAAAACUAUUAGUUAUAGAAAUAAUGUUACAACUAGUUCAAAAAAGAAAACUGAAGGUAGAUCAUCAUUGUGGUCACAUGAAGGUGGAGCAUUAGGAUAUCAAGAAAAAGAAUAUUAUUAA